GUCAAAGUACUUCACAUUCAGUUGGCAUUAUGAUCUCUAACUAUUGACAGCAGACAGCAAAAUGGUUUUACUUUUGACAUUUUUAUGCUUAACAAGUGUUGCAAAUGUAACGGGAAAGCAAAAGAUAAAUUCAGAAAAUAUAACACGGAUUUUAGACCGACUUCUUGAGGGCUAUGACAAUCGACUACGACCAGGUUCUGGAGUCUCUGUUACUGAGGUAAAAACAGACAUAUUUGUCACAAGUUUUGGACCAGUUUCUGACGUUAAGAUGGAGUUCACAAUGGACAUGUUUUUUCGUCAAAUGUGGGUUGAUGAGAGGUUAGCGUUUGAUGGUCCUAUUGAAAUCCUUCCUUUGAACAACCGCAUGGUGGAGAAGAUCUGGACACCUGACACGUUCUUUCGUAAUUCAAAGAGGUCUCUUUUACACAACAUGACCUCCCCAAACAAGCUGUUCCGCAUCAUGCAAAAUGGAACAGUCUUUUACACCAUGAGACUAACCGUGAGUUCAGAUUGUCCAAUGCAGCUGAGGGACUUUCCUAUGGAUGGACACGCAUGUGCUCUUCUGUUUGGAAGCUAUGCUUAUACUAAUCGUGAAAUUGUCUACACAUGGAGGAAGGGUCUUGAGGGGUCUAUAGAUGUGCCACCUGAGUCUUCAAGCUUGCUCCAGUAUGAUCUUGUACGACACACAUUGUCCAGUCAAAUCUACAAGUUCAGCACAGGUCUGUAUUCUGUCCAGGUUGUCCAUUUCUAUCUCCAGAGGAAGCUUGGCUAUCAUCUCAUCCAGACGUACAUCCCACUGAUUAUGGUGGUCGUUCUGUCCCAAGUCUCGUUUUGGAUCAACAAGGAGUCUGUUCCUGCUCGUACGGUGGCAGGUAUCACCACCGUUCUCACUAUGACCACCCUCAGCAUCAGCGCGCGCUCCUCACUGCCUAAGGUCUCCUACGCCACCGCCAUGGACUGGUUCAUCGCCGUCUGCUUCGCCUUCGUGGCUUCGGCUCUCGUGGAGUUUGCGGCUGUGAAUUACUUCGCCACACUGGAGGCCAACAGGGAAAAACGCCGGGUCUCCAAGGCCUCCAUUCCGGAGUCUACAGCCCAGGGCAGCGAUGAUGAGCCGGAGACGCCUCCGUCUGAUAACAGUGGAUUAAGCCGUAGGAGAACGGCAAACUCUGUGUUAGAGGCACCCAAGACUCGCUAUCCAAUCUUCUUUCAGGGCUCUGCCGUCCCACCCAACAUGAUGCUGGCAGGCACCAGUGCCAUAGACACAUAUGCCCGUGUACUUUUUCCUCUGGCCUUUGGAAUCUUCAAUCUUGUCUACUGGUAUAUCUACCUCACCAAGGACACCAUGGAAAAGGCCAGGGAGAUCGAGUGAAUUUCUCCUGAGAAGCUCACGACAUAUUCAGCAUUGAGAUCGUGUACCCGGCUACAGAGGACUUUGUGUGCUCUCCUUGGACCUCUCUCUCUCUCACUUUCGUCAUCUAGCAACUUCAUCCCUCAUAGAGCAAGCUUGUCUGAUAUUAUUUGACAAGCAUUUGAUCUUCUUCCUUUCCCAUUUUAUCACCUGUAUAUACUUUCCACUCCAUUUGCCUUUAUAUUCACCGCCGUGAGCCACAGCGUCGUACUAACCCCGGUACAUCGCAGACCCUCCUCUGGUGGUUCCACUCUGGUUUUGCUCUUCUAUGUGUAUGUGUAGCACGCCAAGUAGUUGAUGACAUAAUCUGCAGCUCGAACUGGUGAUGCAACAUUGAACCAAUGCUUUUAGUGGGCUGCCCUCUACAGAGACACAGGUCGUACUGCACUAGAUCAAAAGCAAGGGCUUUAUACUGACAAAGAUUUUACGUUUAAAAUAGAGAAGAAGCGUAUCUGCAGAACUGAACUUUUACUAACAUCAUUCCUAGCACAUUCACAUGUAUGCAUGGUGGCUGGAAUAAAGGGAUGAAGUGGUAUGUGAAGGUGAGGGCUAGAUGUGAUCAUGUAAAAUGUUCUCUGAUGUUUCUCUUUGUAUCCGUGUACAUAGUUCUCAGCUGUUUCAAGAGGGAGAUUAAAGACAGAAAUAUGUGCUGUGUGUCUCUGGACUCUGCUGCUAAUGUGAAUUCCUAAAAGUUAUGCUCAUAAAUGGCAUUGAAAACCCAUUUAGAAGAGCCACCGGGGCACUGAAGAAUAAACAUGCAGGUGUACAA